AUGAUUUUGGAGCUGCUGCUGAUUAUUAUCGCAGCAUCUAUAUGGUAUUUUCAGUAUCUCAUGCACUACGAAGAAGCUGACGCCGAUCCACCUAGUCGUGAAUUGCCAAAGCAACAAGCUGUAUUAAAAGCAUACUACGAUAGCUUUCCAGAUAUCGAUACUGUUACUAAUGUAACUAAUCCAGACAUUAAAAAAGCUGAGGAGUUCACUAGAUCAAUAUUAAAUAUAAAACCAUCGGGAGACGUGUCGAACAGAGAUACAGCAUGUCAUAUUAUAAGCAAAUUACUUGGCGAUUCAGGUCAACAAUGUUUAUUUUUUGAUUCUGCAAAUGGUAUCAAUCUUCAUGAUGCAUCUGGAAAUUUGACUGAUAUUGGUUCUGAAGAGAAGAUAUUCGUCUUGAAAUUGAGGAGUAGUCAAGGUCUAGGAGGCGACAUGACAAGAAAGACUUUCGAGGAUGACGUAAAACUCGCUGAGAUUCUAAUGGAUUGUGUUAAACAAAAUAGACAUCAUCCGAUUCUCGAAGAUAUUCGUAAUCAAUUAGCAGCAGCACAUGAAGUCACCAAAGAUCGCAUUGUUAUAAAAGCUGUGUACGCCGGAUCUUGUAGUAUAGUUUACACUGUGUUAGAUUUGACACCAAGCGCACUUGAAAAACUCGUUGAUGUUUCGAAAAAACUAAAAACACAAUUUGGCAAAUUUUUAAGUGCAAAAGUUCAUCCAUUAUUAUACCGCCCAUCAUUUGACAUAGCAUGUUUUGAUGAGAGAGGCAAUAGAACAUUUAGCAGCACGCCAAAUACUCAUCAGAUUGGUCCAUCGGGGCGUACCAAAAUCUAUACUGAAGCUGCCGGUUGGACUAGAUAUGGACUGAAGGUACUGAAUAAAUACAAAAACGAUGAUUGGUUGCACCCAUUUCAGCAUUGUAACAAUUGGUAUAGAGCUUUCCAUGGCACAAGAAAUGCAAAAGCAGUAGAUUUUGGUGAAACUGAUGAAAAUAUCGAACAAAAGGCAGCGCCUAUCGAUGCAAUCGCAAACAUUUAUAAGAGAGGUUUUCGUCCCGCAAGAGAAGCUGCAUAUGGACCAGGCGUUUAUUGUUCUCCUAAUCCUGCUUGGCUCGAACGUACAUAUGCUGGAGCAGUUGAAAUCGACACUGUAAAAGGAAAGAAAAGCUUUAAAUGUAUGAUCCAAGUAGCUGCAAAUCCUGAUGGUGUUAAAUGUGCCACCAAUGAAAUAUGGGUUGUUGCUAAGUCUGAAGACAUUCGACCAUAUGGUAUACUUAUCAAAGAAGCUUAA